AUGCACAAACGGGACCUUGUUGCUGGUCUUCCCAGGGUGCUCCCUCCCCUUCCCGACUCGCCUGCUCCUCCCUGUAUUCCCUGUGUCGAGGGGCGGCAGCGCGCCGCUCCUCACUCCUCCUCCUUUCCCCCGACGACUGCUCCCUUGCAGACGCUCCACUUGGACGUGUGGGGCCCAGCCCGCGUCCGUGGACAGGGUCAGGAGCGGUACUUCCUGCUCGUUGUUGACGACUUCUCGCGCUACACCACGGUCUUCCCCUUGCGAGCCAAGGGUGACGUACCUGAUGUCUUGAUCCCUUGGAUCCGCAGAUCUCGUCUCCAGCUCACCAGGCGUUUCCGCUCCGACUUUCCUGUCCUGCGUCUGCACUCUGACAGAGGUGGGGAGUUUUCCUCUGGCCUCCUGGAGGCCUUCUGUCAGCAGGAGGGCAUUGAGCAGUCGUUCACGCUUCCGGCCUCUCCACAGCAGAAUGGGGUUGCUGAGCGCCGCAUUGGUCUAGUCAUGGAGGUCGCUCGUACCUCCUUGAGUCAUGCGGCUGCCCCCCAUUUUCUGUGGCCGUUUGCGGUCCGAUACGCUGCGCAUCAGCUCAACCUCUGGCCCCGUGUCUCCUUGCCCGAGACUUCUCCGACACUGCGCUGGACGGGAGAGGCUGGCGAUGCGUCGCGUUUUCGGGUCUGGGGAUCCCGAGCUUUUGUCCGCGACACGUCCGCGGACAAGCUCUCCCGUCGCGCUGUCCCCUGCGUCUUCCUUGGCUUUGUCCCGGACGCCCCUGGUUGGCAGUUCUACCACCCCACCUCGCGUCGUAACCUGGCCUCUCAGGACGUCACUUUUGACGAGUCCGUCCCCUACUACCGCCUCUUCCCCUACCGCACUGCCCCGCUCCCCCCCCCGCCUCUCUUCCUCGCUCCAGGUGCUGAGGUACCAGACCCCCUCCCCCCUCAGGGUGCCGCUCCCUCAGGUGUGUCCCAGGUAGACCCGGGUGAGCCUGUCGAGGUAGCUGUUGACUCUCGUCCUGCGUCUGGGGGUGCUGAGCCUGGGGGUGCUGAGUCUGGGGGUGCGGAGCCUGGGGGUGUUGAGCCUGGAGGUGCGGAGCCUGGCGGUGCGGAGCCUGGAGGUGCUGAGCCUGGGGGUGCGGAGUCUGGGGGUGCUGAGUCUGGGGGUGCUGAGACUGAGCGUGCUACACCUGGAGGAGCCCUCUCCUCCCAGCAGCUGCAGGAGAGGUACCUCGAGUACUGCCGCCUCCGGAGAGGUGCUACUGGAGCUCGUCCCGGUACUUCCCCUCCUACCCAGGAGCUCCCCCCCAUUCAGCAGAUCCGAGAGUGGUACACACGCCGCUGCAGUCUUCGGAGUGGUCCUCCGGGUGCUGCGGACCUUGGGGGUGGCGCUGCUACUGGUGCUGAGGACCCGGGCGUUGGGGCUGCUGCUGGUGCUGAGGACCCGGGCGUUGGAGCUGCUGCUGGUACUGCGGACCCGAGCGGUGACGCUGCUGCUGGUGCUGAGGACCCGGGCGUUGGAGCUACUGCUGGAGCUGAGGACCCGGACGGUGGAGCUGCUGCUGGUACUGAGGACCCGGGCGCUGGAGCUGCUGCUGGUGCUGAGGACCCGGGCGGUGGAGCUGCUGCUGGUGCUGAGGACUCGGACGUUGGAGCUACUGCUGGAGCUGAGGACCCGAGCGGUGGUGCUGCUGCUGGUGCUGAGGACCCGGCCGGUGGAGCUGCUGCUGGUGUUGAGGACCCGGACGUUGGAGCUGCUGCUGGUGCUGAGGACCCUGCCGCUGGUGUCUCUGCUGGUUCUGGAGACGCUACGCGGCCGCGACCGUACUUCGUACCACUUCUUCAGCAGGUUCUUGGUCAGGCUCCUCCUCCCUGUCCUCCUCCCUCAGUAGAGUGUCCUCCGCGUGUCCAGUCGCCGUCACAGUUACCGCCUGCCUCGCCUCUCCCUGCUCCCUCUCCUUACACUGGUCCCACGGGAGGUCUUACAGAGCGUCGUGAGCCUGAGUCUCGUCCUACGUCGCCUGUUCGUACUACUCGCACUGGUCGUCGUGUCCCACGUGAGCGUCCUCCUCCUGUCCCUGGCACUCACUACAUGACUCUGCGUCCCUCCACUGCUCCUCAGCGUGUCCCGCUACCGUCUCCUCCUGCUUCCUCUCUGCCUACUCUUCCUGACCCGGAGUCUGACUCCCGUCGUGCUGCCAGUCCCACUGUCACCCGUCUCCUCGCUACUGUUGUCACUGACCCUGCCUUUGAGUCCUCUGCUGCGUCUGCUCUAGUCGCUGAGUUGAUCGACUUUGCUGCCCGGUGUCGUCUAGACUACGCCACUAGCCUUGUUGCUGAGUCUGAGUCUGAGUCUGUCUGUCCUCCGUCCGUCGGGGGUGAGUGUGCUCUUGGCACGGACGUCCUUGAGGACAAACAGGAGGAGUUCCAGUGCUUUGCUGCUGCUUUACCCCACCUCGUGUCCAUGCUAGUUGCCCCUGAGGGAGACCCGGAUGCACCAGACAUCCCGACCCCGCGCACUUACGCUGAGGCGAUGGCGGGUCCCUACUCCUCUCAGUGGCAGACAGCCAUGGACGCAGAGAUGGCUUCCUGGAAGUCCACACGCACCUACGUCGACGAGGUUCCCCCACCUGGGGCGAACAUCGUCAGUGGCAUGUGGAUUUUCAGGGUGAAGCGGCCACCGGGUUCUCCUCCUGUCUUCAAGGCGCGCUACGUGGCUCGAGGCUUCAGUCAGCGAGAGGGAGUUGACUUCUUUCAGACCUUCUCCCCCACCCCGAAGAUGACCACUCUUCGGGUGCUGCUGCACAUAGCCGCUCAGCGCGACUACGAGCUUCACUCACUUGACUUCAGCACUGCUUUCUUGCAGGGCAGCCUACACGAGGAGAUCUGGCUGCGCCGCCCUCCUGGCUUCACUGGGUCGGUUCCUCCUGGUACCCAGUGGAGGCUUCAGCGGCCGGUCUACGGUCUCCACCAGGCACCGCGUGAGUGGCACGACACACUGAGGACGACACUUGCGACUCUUGGGUUCGCUCCCUCUACUGCUGACCCGUCACUGUUUCUACGCACAGACACCUCACUGCCGCCGUUCUACAUCCUCGUGUACGUCGACGACUUGGUCUUUGCCACUGCUGACACCGCGGCACUUGCCCACGUGAAGUCGGAGCUGCAGAGGAGACACACGUGUACAGACCUGGGUGAACUGACAAGCUAUCUUGGCUUGCGGAUCACCCGGGACAGAGCACGGCGCACCAUCACCUUGACUCAGUCACACAUGGUGCAGCAGAUCCUUCAGCGCUUCCGCUUCACGUACUCCUCGCCUCAGUCCACUCCUCUGCCUACCGGUCACUCGCUCUCAGCUCUGCCUUCGGAUGAGUCCGUAGAGCCGAGUGGCCCGUAUCCAGAGCUUGUGGGCUGCCUCAUGUACCUGAUGACCUGCACUCGACCUGACCUUGCAUACCCUCUUAGCAUCCUUGCACGCUAUGUCGCUCCUGGCCGUCACAGGAAGGAGCACAUGGAUGCCGCUAAGAGGGUGUUGCGCUACUUGUGCAGUACGUCGGGCAUGGGGCUAGUGCUUGGAGGGCGAGACCGAGUUGUACUUACAGGACACUCAGACGCUUCUUGGGCGGACGACCAGGCUACUCAGCGGUCGUCUCAGGGUUACACCUUCAGCCUUGGCUCCGGCUCAGUUUCUUGGCGUUCUACACGCUCUUCUUCUGUUCUCAGCUCCAGUUGUGAGGCUGAGAUCUACGCCACAGCCAUGGCUGCCCAGGAGCUUCGCUGGCUGACCUACCUGCUGACCGACUUGGGUGAGCGGCCUCGUUCUCCUCCAGUGCUGUACGUCGACAACCAGGCUGCCAUUGCCUUGUGUGAGGAGCACAGACUGGAGCACAGAACGAAGCACAUCGCCCUGCGGUACUUCCUUGCUCGAGAGUUGCAGCAGCGCGGUCAGCUUUGUCUGCGUUACGUGGCCACUGAGGCCAACCUUGCUGAUGUGUUCACCAAGGCGCUUCCGCCUUGUGACCAUCAGCGCUUCUGCACUCUGCUAGGCCUUGUGCCUACUGGACCUCACUUACUUACCUCUUGA